AUGUUUGAUGCAUGUAAAAUAAAUAGUAAUUGCUGUCAUGAUGAGUUGGGAGAAGACAAUAAAUAUACAAAGGAUGAAAAUAAUUAUAUUUAUGAAAAAAAUACGAGAACAAAUACAAAGGAAUUAAAAAACAUUAUAGAGGGAAAACCAGAUAUGACAAAAUCUGUGGAAAUUAGCCAACACACAGAAAGAGAAUAUGUUGCUAUAACAGCUUAUCAACCUGUCGAUACUGUAACUAAAACUGUAGAAGUGCCAUUUGUUAGAACAAUAGAAACGAUUAUUCCAAAAAUAACAUAUGAAAGUAAGAUUAGAGAAGUUCCAAAAUAUUAUUCCAAGUUUGUUGAAAAGGUUGUGGAGGUUCCAGAGGUAAAAUUUGUGGAUAAAAUUGUAGAAGUUCCAAGAAUACAAUAUUUAUUCAAAUAUGCUCCAAAGGUUGAGAUUAAAGAAAAUAUUAUAAAAAAACCAGUUAUUGAAAGAAAGAUUAUCGAAAAGUUUGUUGAAGUUCCAGAAGUUAAGGAGAUGAAACGGUUCCAGGAAGUGGAAACUGUGGAAUAUGUGAUAAAGUACGUACCCAAAGGAAGUAAAGAUGAAAAGGAUGGAAAAGAAAAAGUAAUAGAUAAAGAAAGUGAGAAAAAAAAUGAAGAUAAUGAAAUUGAGGAAAAUAAUGUCGAAAAUGAAGGUGAAAAUAUUUAUGAAAAAUAUAAUAAAAAAGAUACAAAACUUAUUAAAAAUAUAUCUAUGGACAAAGAAAUGAGUACAAAUAUUGGAGCAAAUAUGAUGCUAAAUCAAGAAGACAUAUGUGCAGGGGUGCAACAAAUAUACCCAUAUAUGUUUACAAGAUCAAUGAAUGAAUCUGGAAUGGGAAUAAAUUCAAAUAGACAUUCAAAAUUAGAUGUAGUUGAUAAUAUAGAAAUGAUGAAAAUAAAUGAAAAUUUGAAUUCAAUUUUACCAACUCCAAGAAUUGAACAAGUGUUUAAACCAAAAAUUGUUAAAAAUAUAGAAGUACAAAAACAUGUUCCUAUUUCUGUUGAUGUUCCAAUACCAUAUAUGGUUCCAAAACCUAUAGUUGUUAAUGUAGAUGUGCCUGUAUUAAAGUUUAGAGAUACAUUUGUGCCUGUACCAGUCAGGAGAAAAAUCAUACCAAAAAUAAAAUGGAUAUCUGAUAUAUACCAAGUAGAUUGUAUUAAAGAACGACCAUAUUUAAAAAUACAAGAUAUAAUUAAGCCAGUACCAUGUGAUAUAGAAAUUAAAUAUAAAAAGUUUAUGGAAAAAGCCUGCCCUAUUAAUCCAAAUGAGUUACCACAAGAUGAUGUUCAUGCAAUGUGGAUUAGAGUUAAUUCUCAUUUAGCCGAACAGAAAAAAAAAGAAUAUGGAAAUUUAUAUCCUUAUUAUAGAACUGAGUUGAGCCAUGAUAAUGUUGCCGAAACGACAGAGGAAUACAAAAACUUGAGCGAAGGAAAAUAUAUGAAUGAUAAAGAAGUUGAAAAGGAAUAUUUUGUGAGUUAUGAAAUGGAUAAAUUAGAAUCAAAAAAAAGAGAAGAUGGAAAUGUAAAUAUUUUUGAAACAACAAAAAGUAGAAGCGAUGAGGGUAUAAAGAAGGCAGAUGAUGAAAAUGAAAAUGAGAAAGCGGAAAAAAUCGAAUCUGAAAAUUCAAAAAAUGUAGAAAUAUGGGGAAAUAAAAUGGAUUCGAAUGUAGAAGUGUGUGGAAAUAAAAUGGAUGUGAAUGUAGAAGUGUGUGGAAAUAAAAUGGAUGUGAAUGUAGAAGUGUGUGGAAAUAAAAUGGAUGCGAAUGUAGAAAAUGGUAUUUCUUUUAUACAAGAUGGAAUGGUUUAUAAUAUAGAAGGUUUUAACAAUUUUAUGAAUGAAAGUGAUAUAAACCAUCAAAGAACGAAUUUAGAAGAGGAUCCAGUUGCACAUUUGUCCCAAAACCAUCCACUUGUUAUGACAUAUUUACAAAAUAAAUGGAUAUCUACAGAUACAUUGAGAACUCAUGAACUUUAUAAUAACAAUUUUAUUAAUGUAAGUGUGAAUUCUAACAUAAACUUACAAAAUAGAAAUAGCUUUUCAACAGAUUUACUGCAAAAUAGCGAUUUUUUAAAAUCAGCCCAUCAUAUUAUUUCUCCAUUUAAACCUGGAAAUAUAAAAAAUAUAGAAAACUGUUAUAACAGAAUAAUUAUGCAAAAUGUUCAAGAAGAAAAUAAUAAAUAUAUAAAAGAGAAAUAUAAUAAAAAUAAUUUUGAUUCGAAUUUCAAUAAUAAGUUUAUUCAUGAAAAAAAUAUGGAUUAUUCAGGAAAAAAAAAAAGUGAUAAUUCUGAAGACAAAUGUUGUAAUUAUUUUUGUAAUCAAGAUAAAUGA